AAUACGAAGCCCACACUAAAAUACAAAAUCACACCUCUUUCGCCUCUCUCCUCUGCUCUUCUUCUCUUCUCUCCCUCUAUCAUUCUUGUACAGAGUCAAAAGCUACUGAGGGGUGGUCAAGAAUGGGAGAGGAGAAGAGACUCGUGAAGAGGCUAGCAGUACUUCUUUUGCUUUUGGCUUUUUGUGAUGCAACUAAGCACAUUGGGACUCAAUACGAUGGAGAAUGCCAGUUUAUUAGGCCCCUCAAACCUCGGCCACACAGUGUGUCAGUCUUGGAAUUCGGAGCAGUUGGGGAUGGAAAAACAUCAAAUACUGUAGCAUUCCAGAAUGCUAUAUUUUAUCUUAAGUCCUUUGCGGACAAGGGGGGUGCCCAACUCUAUGUCCCCCGUGGUAGGUGGCUAACUGGAUGCAUUAAUCUCACGAGCCACCUAACUCUAUUCCUGGAACGAGAGGCUGUUAUUCUUGGAUCUCAGGAUUAUACUCACUGGGAUAUAGUUGACCCAUUACCUUCGUACGGUCGAGCUAUUGAAGUUUCAGGUGGAAGAUAUCGCAGCUUAAUUAGUGGAAAUAAUUUGACUGACGUGGUGAUUACAGGCAACAAUGGAACUAUUGAUGGUCAAGGUUCAAUUUGGUGGGAGAAAUUCAACUCCCACUUGUUAAACUACAGUAGACCACAUUUAGUAGAAUUUGUUGGCUCUAAUGAUGUUGUUAUUUCCAACUUGACCUUUUUAAAUGCCCCUGCCUGGAAUAUACGCCCGGCAUAUUGCAGUAAUGUGCUAGUUCAGAACAUAACAGUUCAUUCUCCUCCCGAGUCUCCAUAUACUAGUGGAAUAGUCCCAGAUUCUUCAGAACAUGUUUGUAUUGAGAAUAGCAACAUUAGUAUGGGUUAUGAUGCAAUUGCACUCAAGAGCGGUUGGGAUGAGUAUGGAAUUGCCUAUGGAAAGCCUACUACAAAUGUUCAUAUCCGUGGGAUCCGCUUGCAAUCAGGCACAGGAUCAGGUGUGGCUUUUGGAAGUGAGAUGUCUGGAGGCAUUUCAAACAUACUAGUUGAGCAUCUUGAUAUUCACAACUCGUUUGUUGGCAUCGAGCUGAAGACCUCAAUAGGGAGGGGUGGUUAUAUUAAAUACAUCCUGAUAUCAGAUGUGAUAAUGGAAAAUGUGCAGAUAGGAUUGAAAGCAACAGGGCAGUGUGAUUCACAUCCUGAUGACAAAUUUGAUCCUCAUGCCUUACCAACUAUCAGUGCAAUCACUUUUAAGGACAUAAGAGGCACAAACAUAACCGUGGCGGGAAGCUUCACUGGCAUAAAUGAAUCUCCUUUCACUUCAUUAUGUCUCUCAAACAUCUCUUUUUCUGUUACUUCUGAUCCUUCUGCAUCAUGGAUUUGCUCUAGCGUGUCAGGAUCAUCUGAUAAUGUCUCACCUGAACCCUGUCCAGACCUCCAGGAAAUAUUUCCUAAUUCAACCACUUGCUUCUCCCAGCUAUAUUCAAAUAGUCAAGUUGCAAUUUCAUGAUAUAAGUGUCAAAAACUACAUUAUCUCGUUCGAUUCUGAUUCUAUGAGGGUGCAACUCCUCUGAUUCUGGUGUAUAAUCUUCCAAUAAGAUGCGAGCUAGAUACUUCGGUCUCAUGCUUUGCUUGGUUAACAUUGGUGUUCCAGUGAGCAAACUCUCCCAAGCGGUGUUACCUGUCAAAUCUGUCUCCUCUUGUACAGCAUCAAUUUCUUCAUUCACUUUGUAAGAAAAAGUUUUGGUAGUGCAGUACGGUUCAGAUACAUUGUGGUCUAGUGUUAUUUCAUUUUCAUUUUGUCAUUAUUUUACAUUGUAAAGUUCUGCACCGGAGACUAGUUCAAGAUUGGUUUUGUCCAGAUGGAUAAAAAAGGGGCAUUAUAGAGUGGAGUGAUUGUUUUUUCCAAAUAAAGUUUCUUGUUAUAUCUGAUUGAA